AUGGAAUUUUUAGAUAUAGUUGUAAGAUGGCCAGGCAGUUACCAUGAUAGUUUUAUAUUUAGUGGAAGUCAUGCAAACAAAUACUUUUCGGAAAGUAUAGACCACAUAUUAUUGCUUGGAGAUGGAGGUUAUGCAUGUAAACCUUAUUUGUUUACACCUUUAAGAAACCCAGUAACACCAUCAGAGCGAAAAUAUAAUAAGUGUCAGAUUAGAACAAGGAAUAUAAUAGAAAGAACGUUUGGAAUAUGGAAAAGAAAAUUUCCUUGUUUGAGAAGAUGUCUUGCUAAUACACCUGGUACAACUGUAAAUAUUAUUCUUUCUUGUGCAUUACUUCACAACAUCUCUCGAAAAUAUCAUCAAUAUAAAACACAGUGA